UGUAAAAGGUGACACCAUGGAUGGGUGACACAGACAGGCAGCGUUUUAGUUUUGACGGUGUGUUGUGGACGGUACAUUGUGGAGGGACAACAGAGAAAGGCACCGACACACCGAGAUGUUCCUACUUGUCCGAGUGUGGCUUCUCCUCCUGUUUCUUCACACACUGACACUUGCUGCUCUCGCGAGAAGAGGGAGGAGAAAUGUCCUCUUCAUCAUGGCAGAUGACCUGAGGCCAUCACUGGGCUGCUAUGGGGACUCUGUUGUGAAGUCACCAAACAUCGACCAGCUGGCAUCCAAAAGCCAAGUUUUCCUCAACACAUAUGCCCAGCAAGCUUUGUGUGCUCCCAGUCGGGCCUCUAUGUUAACUAGCCGCAGGCCCGACACAACCAGAGUCUACGACUUCAACUCCUACUGGAGAGAUCAGUCUGGAAACUACACCACUCUGCCUCAGUACUUCAAAUCCAGUGGGUACUUCACCGCGUCUGUGGGCAAGAUUUUUCACCCAGGUAUCUCCUCCAACUUUUCGGAUGACUACCCUUACAGCUGGUCCAUCCCUGCCUAUCAUCCACCAUCAUUUCACUAUGAGAAAAAAAAGUUAUGUAAAGGCGACGAUGGUAAACUCCACGUCAACUUACUGUGUGCAGUGAAUGUGACGGAGCAGCCUGGGGGAACCCUCCCAGAUCUGGAGAGCACAGAGGAGGCUGUGAGGUUACUGAAGAGUUGGGCCAACAACGACGCUCCUUUCUUCUUAGCUGUGGGCUUUCACAAACCCCACAUACCCUUCAGGAUACCACAGGAGUACUUGAGUCUGUAUCCCAUAGAGAACAUGACCCUGGCUCCUGAUCCCAACGUCCCAGAAUUCCUUCCUCCUGUUGCAUACAACCCAUGGACAGACAUCCGAGGGAGAGACGAUGUCCAGAAGUUAAACGUUAGCUUUCCUUAUGGACCAAUUCCUAAAGACUUCCAGCUGCGUAUUCGUCAGCACUACUUUGCUGCUGUGUCUUACAUGGAUGCUCAGGUUGGACGUCUGCUCAGUUCCUUAGAUGCACUUGGUCUGGCUGAUGACACGAUGGUGGUGUUCACCUCAGAUCAUGGUUGGUCAUUAGGUGAACAUGGUGAAUGGGCUAAAUUCUCUAAUUUUAAUGUUGCCACACAAGUCCCUCUUAUGUUUUAUGUUCCUGGCAUUACAAUACCUCGUGAUCAGCUUGGAGAGUCCACUUUUCCCUUCAUCGACAUCUUAACCCAGCCAAAGUACCGUUUUAAGAAUGACAAAGUGAGAAGAAAUGUGGUGGAGUUGGUGGAUGUUUUUCCCACAGUCGCUUCCAUGGCUGGCCUCAGAGCACCUGAGCAUUGUGCUGAUGUUUCCUUUCAGGAGGAGCUGUGCACAGAAGGAGACAACCUGGCGCACACUUUCCGACGCAGGGAAAGAGGAAAGGAUGAGGAAGCAAUAGCUUACAGCCAGUAUCCUAGACCUGCUGAUACACCACAGGUGAACUCUGACGUUCCUGACCUUAAAGACGUGAAGGUCAUGGGUUACUCUCUACGCUCCUGGGAUUAUAGAUACACUCUAUGGCUGGGAUACAACCCAAAAACAUUUCAGGUGAACGUGUCUGACGUCCAUGCUGGAGAGUUGUACAUUUUAGCAGACGACCCUGGAGAGGACAAGAACAUCUACAGUGACCUGGAACAAAGUGUGGUAAUAAAGAAACUGUCCACGCUGCCUCGUCCUGUGACUCUGCAGAGGAGAAUGAAGCUGCAGCUCCUCUACCUCACAGCAGGGAUGAAAAUGAACCGGGGGAAGGCGUGAUGACGAGAAUAAACUACAACAGAUGGACAAACAGGGACAUGUACAAAGGGAAGACGGAUGGGUAAAACUUUUUUUUUUAUCUAGAAAGGGAGAACGCCUUGAAUAUUUCUUUUAACGCACUGCAUACUUGAUUCUGUAAUCCCAGGGGGUCACCAUUGAUCUUCAGAGCUCAGUUCAUGACUCACUGUCAAGCAGACCUGGAUUCACUGUGAGGGAAGUGAAUAAAAAUAUAUAUAUGUGU